UGCAGGGGCACCACGAGACUUCUAUUCUACUUCUAUCCGGCAGCCUUCGGGACGGGAACUGUCCCCCUUACUUUUCCUUUCCCCAACGAAUUGCUCUUGUGGUUUUUGACCUUGCCCUUGUGUUCUGCUGUUUCUUGUGUUCGUGUUCGUGUUUGUGUCUGGUCUUUUGGUUACCGAGGUCGCUCCAAAGAAGGGGAAAGGGUCUAUCAUAGUUUGCCAGAGGUAACCUGCACAAUGAAGGAUAAAGUAAUCUCAACAGCCGGCUCCGUGGAAUCUGUUGCCGAGUGGAACCAUGGCUCUGACAGCCGACCAUCCUCGGCUGGCCUUGACGAAGCUCUGAAGGCUCUGGACGGAUGUGAGCCAGUUAUUCUCACUCCGGAGAAGGAACGGGCAUUACUUUGGAAAAUCGGUAUGUUUGGGGCUCUCCUAGCUUGGCGGUAUCUGAACAUUUUAACUAACAUGAGCCGUGAAACAGAUUUACAUCUCAUCCCGAUAUUUUCCUUGCUCUAUGGAUUGCAAUUCUUGGACAAAACAACGGUUUCCUAUGCUGCGUAGGUCUCAUGAAUUACACAAAUGCCUGCAGAUAGUUGAAGUAAGCCGGGUGAGUUCUAAUAGAAGUUCAGAGUGAUGGGCAUCAUACAGGACACGAACCUGAAGGGUGACGACUUCAAUUGGAUUGGUAUUUCCCUCCUCCACUGUUCAUACUCUUUUUCAGGGUACAUCGGCAUGAUUCUAAUUGGAAGUAGGGAGCGUUUUCUAUUUCGGCUACUUGUUCUGGGUAAGUGAUAUCCCCCACCAAAUCAAAUCUUCCCCCCGAAUGGUAGGCGGCUAUACUAACUUCCUUUCUUGUAGGAGUACCCCGCAAAUUGUGCACCUCCUCGCUAAAUAUCGCUUUGGCCUUCCUCUGACAUCCCUGAAACUAGAUCUCAUGCAAAAACUUCCAUUGGCCAAAAUCACUGGCCUCAACAUCGUCAUCUGGGGUGGUAUUCUGAUGUUACAUGUGAGAUUCUCUCCGUACUCCACGCCUCCAGGGAUGAUACGACACCGGCAAAACGGAUAACUGAUGGUGGGGCACCGAAAAGGCCGCUUGCUCAAACUUUUCUGGGCUUAUGGCGGUAAGGUUUUUACUCGGUAUAUUCGAGGCGUCCAUCACGCCUGCCUUCCUUCUUUUUAUGUCCCAUUGGUGGCGCGUCCAGGAGCAAGCAUUUCGCACAGCUAUGUGGCUCAGCUGGAAUGGGAUUGCUCAAAUAGUCGGUUCCGUCUGUUCAUAUGCCAUGGUCCGGGGAAUUGAGAAGCAUGGGUAUACCACGCUCGGAGGAUGGCAAUUGUUGUUCCUCGCCACUGGAGGGUAAAGUUAAUAUUCUUGGCACGAGCCCCAGACCACCUGCUAAGAUUGGUUGAUAGUCUUACCAUUCUUUCGGGAAUUCUCUUCUUGCUCCUUAUUCCGGAUUCUCCGGCUACCGCUUGGUUCUUGAGCAAAGAAGAGAGAAUCAUGGCGAUUGAGAGAUUGAGAGGGAACAACCAGGGUAUCGGAAGCAAGAAGUUUAAGAAACAUCAAUUUGUUGAGGCAUUUACCGAUCCGCAAACUUACUAUAUUGCUCUCUUUAUCAUCAUCUCUGCGAUUGUGGGUUCCCGCUACUAUUGCCCAGAAAGGGUUCUUCGAAAAUUGACUGCUAAUACAAUCAAAGCCCAACGGUUUCUUGACCACUUUCAAGAACAUUAUCCUGAAGGGGUUCGGAUUGAGCGCCGACAAGUCACUUCUCUAUAGUGCACCCACUGGCGCAGGUGAAAACCCAAAUAACACCUUUCAAGUUUGAAUCCUAAAGCUCACCCCUCUUCCUAAAGUUCAAUUUGUUUCUUCUCUUCUCUUUGGAUGGCUGGCCGACAGAUACAAAAAUCGCAUGACUUUGGCCGCCGUUGCAAUGUCAAUCUCCCUUCUCGGGUUCACACUGGCCGUUGCGCUCCCAAGAAGCAACUUGAAUGGAAACCUAGCCGCUUAUUACAUUAUUGGUGUUGCCCCUGCAGCUUUUGUCUUGCUUAUCAGCUGCAUUUCUAGUAAUGUUGCUGGGUACACCAAGAAAACUACCGUCAAUGCUAUCGUCUGUGGGUACCUCUUGGUUCUUGAUUUUUUUUUGCUCGACUAACGUCUUAGUCAUCGCAUACUGCGUUGGAAACCUGAUCGGACCUCACACUAUCAAUCUUAAGGAUGGGCCCAUGUAUGUUAAGGCCAAAACGAUCGUGAGUGCACUCCUUUGUGGAAACGGCCCGUAAGCGCGCCGCUAACUGGCCAAUAGAGCUUGAUCGCUUGGUGCAUUUCAGGCGCUAUACUCAUUGGCCUCCGCUUCCAUUACAAGCGCAAUAAUGCUGCCCGUGAUAAGAAGAUCCGUGAGCUGGGGGACACUUACCAGCACAGGGCUAACCAGGAGUUCAUGGAUCUGACCGAUAUAGAGUACGCUCACCCCCAAUGCCGCCUACCAAAAACCAUCGAGCAAAAGCUAACUCUCUCCCCUUAGAAAUUUAGAAUUCCGCUACACUUAC